CUUGAAUUAAUCUUGUCUUCUGCAUGAGAAUACAGGAUACCUUUUAUUUUAUUAGUCGGAGUCAGGCCAAUGAGCCAUUACAUCCCCUCAUCUGUAAAGGAAUUUCUACUUGCAUUAUCUCAGAAAAAUUGUUGUUGUGGUGUCCAUCAGUUCAGUAAUUAGCAAGAGGGCUAGGGUGACAUUUAUCUUAGAAACUCAGAUCCAGGUCUCUGAUCAAUUAGGGAACAUAGAGAUGGAGAAUAAUACUCAUGAAGAAGAAAAAAAAUUGAAAGGGCAAAUAGAAAUGUGGGAGCACAUAUAUGCAUUUGUCGAUUCAAUUGCAUUGAAAUGUGCAGUUGAACUUGGUAUACCAGAUAUCAUAAACUCUCAUGGUCGUCCCAUCACAGUAUCAGAGAUCAUCAACAAUUUCCCAACAACCACAUCAUCAUCAUCAUCAUCAUCUCCGAAUAUCGACUAUCUUACCCGUGUGAUGAGAUUAUUGGUUCGCAAGCGCAUAUUUUCCAUACAUAUUGAUAAAGAAAGCAAUCAAAUUUACUAUGAUUUGACUCCAUCAUCCAAAUGGUUAUUGAGAGAUUCUCAAUUUAGUUUAUCACCGCUUCUUUUAGCGCAACUUGAUCCAUGGCUACUUAAUCCAUGGCAGUACAUGGGGAAAUGUGUUAAAGAAGGUGGUUUGCCUUUUGAGAAGGCUCACGGGGUUGAGAUUUGGGAUUGUGCCUUAGCUAAUCCACAGUUUAAUCACCUCUUUAACGAUGCAAUGAGAUGUACAGCUGAGAUAAUAAUCAACGCGGUGUUGGUCAAGUACAAAGAUGGAUUCAAUGGGAUCGAAUCACUGGUUGAUGUUGGUGGAGGGACUGGGAUAAUGAUCACCGAGAUUGUAAAGGCUAAUCCUCAUAUUAAAGGUAUUAAUUUUGAUCUACCUCAUGUAGUCGCUACGGCACCUGAACAACAAGGAAUUGUGCAUGUUGGCGGUGAUAUGUUUGUUCAUAUUGUAGAAGCUGAUGCUGUCAUCAUGAAGUGGAUAUUGCACGACUGGGGUGACGAAGACUGUGUAAAGAUCUUGAAAAAUUGUCGUAAAGCAAUCGCGAAGAAGAAGAAUGGGAAAGUUAUUAUAGUUGAUUGCGUACUUCGACCAGAUGGAAAUGGUUCAUUCGAUAACACAGCAUUUGCAUUUGAUCUAGUGAUGAUAGCUCAUACUUCUGGUGGAAAAGAAAGAACUGAAGUUGAAUGGAACACGUUAUUGAAUAAUGCAGGCUUCCCUCGCUUCAAUAUAGUUCCAAUUCCGGCAUUUCCUUCCAUCAUUGACGCAUUUCCAGAAUGACUACGAAGUGAUAUAAGAUGUAAUUAAUUAUCUGUUUACUUACAAGGAAAUGUACGCUUAUGUUCUGCAUUUGAUUUACUUAUUUUUAAUGGGUGGCGCGUAUUUGUACUGUUUGUCAUGUUUGCUUGAAUCAAACAGCCUUUAUCUUCA